AUGGGUCUUCGCGAUCUGCUCGGCCUGAGGCGCGGUGACAAGGGAAACAACGCGGCGGCGGCCGGGCGGGACGCGUACUCCUCCGAGAUUAUCUCUGAGGCGGUUCCGGAGCAGGGAGCGAGCGGCAGCUCCAUCCUCGACGAGCCCGUCACCAGCGGGUUCAGCACCCCCGCCGGGAUGGUCAGCCGCGCCGACCUCGCGAAGAUGGGCACCGGCGCCUCGGGCGUGGCCUACAACCCGUACACGGGGCUGGGCGGACCCUUCGAUCCGCAGAUGUCCAAGGCGCUGUACACCAUAACCGACUCACCGGAGCUCCUCUUCGACGAGGAGCGCAGGGCGAAGACCAGGUCAUGGGGCGAGAAUAUCACCUUUCUCACCGGCGUCGGCUACCUCGGCGGCAUCAUCGCCGGCGGCGGCCUCGGCGCCUACAAGGGGCUCAGCUCCGUGCCCGAGGCUGGACUCGUUGACACGCAGAAGCUCAAGCUGAACCGGGUGUUGAACGCGGCCGGGUCCAGGGGCACGAGCAUGGGCAACGCGUGGGGAUGCCUCGGUUUAUAUUACGCCGCGCUCGAUUCGCUCGUCGGGCACUACACGUCGCACGAAUACCCGGCGCUGGGCGCGGUGGUCGCCGGCGCGGGCGCGGGCAGCCUGUACAAGAGCGCGCAUGGCAUGAGGGCGGCGGCGGUGUACGGGGUGCUGGGGGCUGGGCUGAGCGCGGCGAACCAGGCUGGGCAGUUCCUCGUGGGAUACGGCGCGGCGACCAGGCCCAGGUGGUGA